UUUAACAUCUGUCAUCGGUACAUAUUUCAACACCUACACUUUUUAUACAUAGCCAAGUGUAUUGUAAGUUUUUUACAGUGAUAUGCAUUUUAACGAGUGUAUAUCACAUUACUUGUAUUAUCAAUAGCCGCUAAAUAACAGGAGGUUAUUUUUAUAUAAGGUUUCACUAUGUCACGAUUUAGCCUUUCGCUCAUGAAAUCAUCAAUUUCGGCGUGGUCUAUAUGGUUUCUAUACGAGUAUUGUUGUUCCCUCUGAAAAUGACAUAUUGACAUGUAACCCUCAACAGAAAAGACCAGCCGUAAAGUUAAAUGACAAACGGUGUUCGAUUUCUUCAAGAUUGUUUUAAAUAUGAGUCACGUUUAUCAAACUGUAAUCGGCAAAUAUUUUAAAAACUGUUUAAAAUAUACAAAUAAAAAGUUGAAUUUUAUCAAGCGGUAUAUGAAGAUGAGCAAAGUGGGAAACCAGACUAACUCUCAAGAUCCCCAGGCUGUGAAUUCGCGGGUUUUUGUGGGAAAUCUAAACACAUUCCAAUGUAGUAAAACGGACGUGGAAAAAAUGUUUCAACGAUAUGGUCGUUUAGUGGGAAUAUCAAUGCACAAAGGAUUCGCGUUUGUUCAGUUCACUAAUCCCUUUGAUGCUCGUAGUGCUUGUGUGGGCGAAGACGCUAGAACUGUUUUAGGACAAACCCUAGACGUAAACCUAGUGGCUGAACCGAAACCGCACCAGACCGGUAGAAAAAGGCAAAACUUGUCAAAAACCGGGAAUGACUGGGAAUACUAUUAUAACAGCUAUUACGCUUCGUCCACGGCCAAUAACAACAAUAUUAGUGGGAACGGUGUGAAAUCUUCAAAACGUCAAAAGAUCAAUCAUCAAUAUGUAAUCUGUCCAUCUACUAAGGGACGCAAUACUAACAGUAGUUGUGGAAAUCAACAACAGAAUAAUACUAUGCAUGGACCUACUAUCAUUCCUGAUCAAUUAAAACUUUACAGUAACUCUGAUAUUUUAAUUUGUGGUAACUGUCGAGAAAUGUUUACCGAACUUCAAGGGCUUUUGGAUCACAAAAAAGAGUACUGUAAGCUUAGAUUCACAUGCAAGUGUAACAAUUUUUUCAAAUCUAAUGUCAACAAUAACAAUUACAAGUGGCCAGGAAAUCUGAACGAAGGCUUUGUGUCUCUUGUGUGUGUUCAAUGCAAAGAAUCAUUUGAUAGUGCUUGGGAUUUGAUGGUACACGCACAAACUACACACAUGAUGAAUGUUUAUCAGUUAACCACGAGAGAUCGUAUAACGGUGUCGCCAAAUGAAACAGAGUCAGAAAACGGAUCUAUGUGUUCAGUUGGUGCUCAAGUAAAUAUCGAUGAAGACGGAAAUGGGUCUGCAGACGAAUUACUUAAUUGUCGACAUGAAUUUAAAUCUACUGAAAAUAAUGUAUUGCAAGAUGAAUCUUCGCCCACAUUGGACUUUGAUGGAACUGACAAAAUUUUGCAAGAUUCUCAAAAUCAGUCAACUCAUAAUUCUUGUCAAACCUGCUUAGUACAACAACCUCUACAAACUCUUAUGGGUGUCCAUUGAAAUACUAUUCCUUUAAAAUAUCUCUCGUAAUAAUAUAAAUUGUUAAUUUUAUCAAUUGAAUGACUAAAAAAAAAUAAUAAAAAUGUAUCUUUUUUAAAUAUUAAUGAAAAUAAUUUGAAUCUAAUUUUUAUCGAUCUAAUACUUUACAAAACAGUUUAUUUUUUAAGAAUUGUGUAAAAAUUGUUUUUAUUAAUCGCAAUAGUUAAACUAGCUUUUAACCACAUUAUUAUAAUUUAACAUUACAUCAAAUUCUUCAUAUAAAAUAUUACAAAAUGAAUAAUUGAAAAUAUUUAAAUUCCUUCGUUUACUUAAAUUUAUCGUGAAAAUAAAUAUGAUACAUUGGAUAUACAUAGUCAAAAUUUCAAAAGAAAAUUUAAUAAUCUUUACUAGUACAAUCAAAUUUAACUUAAUAUAAAUUCUUUAAAUGGUGAUAUUCUGAGAGAAAGCUCCAUAGGAUUUUAUGGAGGGACUUCCAUAUAACCACCCUUUUAUAUGUACCAAUAUUUGAUAUAAUAUAUAUGUAUAUAUAACCUACAGAACAAAGUAUUGGCUUUCUAAUAUUUGAAGUAAUUUAUUGUUUUAAAGUUUCACUCGAGUGCACGUUUAAGUUUAUAAUAAUUUAUUUCAAAUUAUCUCAAAAAUUAACUCUAUUAAAGUAAUUAUAUUUUAAAAUAGAGUACAUUUAUCUUGAAUAAAUAAAUAAAUCUUAUAUUUAAGAUUUAAUUUAUUUAUAUUAUAUAAAUUAAUUUAAUAUUAAAAUUAUUUCACAAAUGCUAAAAGAAAUGUAUCACUUGACUUAUUUUUAAUAACAUUUGAAACAUUUUAUUCUUUGUUUAUUUAAAAGCUGCCUCCAUAAUGUAAUAAUAGCUUGUUAUUAUUGCUGAAUUUAUAUAUUUCGAAUAUUGAAAUAUAUAUUGAUUAGUUUUUAAAUGUACAUCUUUUAAUAACAACCUUUAAAAAAAUAAUAUUCUUUAGUUGAUUUAAGAACAAUUUUUAGUUUAUUUCUGUUAUUAUUUAAAUGUACGUAACAAAUUGAUGAAAAUCACAUAAAUGUUCAUGUAUAGACAUAUAAACAGCGUACAAAGUGAGUCACGAAGAUAUGACAGAUCAAAUAACUUUUGAUUAUGAUGACAUUUUUGUUGAUAAUCAAACAAAAAAUUUCGAUAGGUCGAUAACAGUUUUAGGACAAGUAUUUAUCAAGUUAAUAUUAAUUUAACACAGUGGGUAUAUAUUGCAAUCGGAGUAUACGUUACCACUACGGGUUGCAUUCACCCGUACUAUAUACCUACUAAAUAUAGUAUAUAGUAUAUAUAUAUAAACGUUCUAAAAUUAUUAUCAAAAUUUUUUCCAAGAAAAAGACUAAAAAAUAACAAUUUCAAAAUGCUAAAAAAAAUUUGUUUUUAUUAUUAGUGAUAAAUAAUAAAUAAAAAGGCAAUAAUUAUAGGGAAAAAAUGUUCAACAAAGUAAUAAUUAGAUCAAAACUUAUUGAAAAUAUUAUAUCUCUGUGGCUCAUUUUAUAUAAUUUCGAAUCAAAUUUUGAGUUAUAUUCUAAGAAUGUAAGGUUGAUAGUAAUAAGAUUGAUAUAUUGUUUUAUUAAAAGUUGUUAACAUCAACAGUUCUCUUUUGUUUAGAUUUAAGUAUAGCCAUACAUAUCAUUAAGCUUAAGUAAAAAAAAUAGCUGGAUAGGGAAUUAGAUGGUUCUUACAAGUAUUCCUUGUAAGUAUAAAUUAUUCUGAAAGAUGUAAUUAUUUAUUGUCAAAACAAGUAAUUUUUGUUAUUUUUUUCACGUCUCUUUUAUUAUUAAACAUUUGUUAAAUAUUUUUAUUAAAAAAUCGUGCGUCCAUAAGUUGGAACCAUCUAAAAUCUACCCUUGUAUUUCUAAAGAACUUAUAUUAAGUUGUAUUUUAUAUUAGUAUAAUUGAUUAAUAAUUAUUCAAUUGAGUUACAAAUAAGUAAAUACUAUAUAAUACAUUAUAGUUGUUAUUAAUUUCGAUAGAAAAUAAUUAAUUUAAGAAAUAAUAAAAUAGCUUCAAUUUUUAAUUUAAGAUUAAAUAAACAUUUUUAACUAUGA